UGAAUAAUUUCUGAAAUCUGGGUUUGAAUAAGGGAGAUGAUUUGUGGGUAUGGAUGCUGUUCCACUUUGGGGCUUUCUUUUUUCGUGUUGAAGCUAGAAUGAAGCCAAACAGCUUGGAAUCUGUCCGAUACUGAGUGAUUUUAAAGGAAUUCUUGGGGUUUGUAGAAUCUUAUGAAUGGGAACUGAUAGUACCAAAAACGUGGAGGCAGUUUCAAAUAUAUAUUCCUUUAAGGUUCAUUGUAGAAUGUGCACCGAGUUAAUGAAAUUGGUCGAUCGGGUCUUAGAGAUAUUACCAGAGAUUGAAGCAGCUCGUCCUGGAAGCCCGGAAGGAAGAGAGGCACUGUGUAAUUUAAACAUUGGAAUGAAGAAAGCAGAGCUAGUUCUUCAGUAUUGUCGAGACUCGAGUAAACUUUAUCUGGCAUUAACUGGAGAUAGGAUUAUCUCUAGAUGUCAUAGAGUGAAGAGUUUGUUGGAGCACAAUUUGCGUAAAAUUAAAUACAUGGUUCCUGUGGCAUUGGCUCGGAAGAUCUCUCAAAUAGCAGAUGAUCUUAAGGUUGCAAAAUUCAUCCUCGACUCAUCUGAAGAAGAGGUUUGGAAGGCUAUGCAACAGUUGUUGAAGCUCGGUCCAUCGUCUCCAGAUGCUCCUGAAAUUUCUGAAAUCAAGGCUCUGAAAAUUGCUGCUUUGAGGCUUAAUAUUUUAUCCUAUAAGGAAAUGUUGUUCGAGAGACGAUCAAUCAGAAAACUAUUAGAUGAUGUUGGUCAUGGUAAUCCCCGGAAAAGGAAGAUUUUGACAUACCUUUUCUAUCGUUUGAAGAAGUAUGGGAAGCUGAUACUGCAAGAAAUCUCGGAAGCCCGAGCGGAUAUCUCUAGUAGCAAUGGAUAUGGGGAAAUGGAGGGUAAUGUGAGACAAGGGAAUGAUACUCCCCAAGCUGAUAUGAUACUCAAUAGAGCCAUUCCCCCUGAGGAAUUCAAGUGCCCCAUAUCAUUGAGAUUGAUGUAUGAUCCUGUCGUAAUUGAAUCCAAAGUGACAUACGAAAAGGUAUGGAUUGAAAAAUGGUUUAAUGAGGGUCAUGAUACAUGCCCACUAACCAAAAUGAAACUGACCAGUUUUUCAAUGACUCCUAAUGUUGAUAUGAAGAAAUUAAUUCAUAAAUGGUGCAUAAAGUUUAGAGUCACAAUUCCCGACCCAAGUGUGGAACCAGAAUGCCCCGAGGUUUGGGAGAAUUCCAUUGCUAGCUUUGGAAGUUCAAUGAACGAUAUACGUCUACCCAUCGACUUCAGCGAUAUCUCGUUUGGUGGUCUUCAUAAUAGUUAUUAUCCAGAUUCAUUGAGGCUCAAUGAAUUGGGUAUCAAGUCUAGGCAGAGUAAAGAUGAUGAUCUGGGUAGGUUUCAAUCUGAUUCAAAUGCAGAGGAAACAAACUUGGAGUUUCCUUCUACCAUGAGUGAGCUUUCGUGGGAAUCAAAAAGCAAGGUUAUUAAAGAUAUGAACGAUAUCAUUAACAAAAACAGAUUUGGUCCAAUCUUAUCUGAAACUGUCAUGGAUCAACUUGCCUUGUUUAUAAAGGAUGCAUUUGAUCUUCAGGAUUCUGAAGCUCAGAAAAAUGGAUCUGAGCUGUUUCUUUCACUUGUGAGAAAAAGCAGGUCGAACAGCCUGAGUGUUCCUGAGAAGAUUCUGACAACAUUGGCUAGUUUACUCAAUUCAGAAGUGACUGAUGAAGUUCUUGCCAUUUUAGAAGCAUUAUCUGGCCACCAUAAAUGCGGUUCUAAGUUCGUCACGUCCGGUGUUCUCGCUUCAAUGGUUGAGUACCUCGAUUCAGAGAUCAAAGCCUUGCAAGAAUUUGCUGUCAAAACUUUUGCUAACUUGUCCUCAAACAGCCACAUCUGCUCCGACAUCGUAUCAUUGGGGUGCAUCCCAAAACUAGUUUCCUUGCUAAAUGAUGAGGAUGAUCUCUCAGGGAAAUGUAUGUUUAUUCUGCAAAAUUUGUGCCACACUGAAGAAGGAAAGAUUUAUAUUGUUGAAACUAAUGGCUGCAUUGCCUCCAUUGUUCGAUGUCUUGAAAUGGGCAAGCUCGAAAACCAGGAGCACGCAAUCACUAUUCUCCUUUCGCUAUGCUCUCAACGCGUUGAGUAUUGUGAGUUAGUAAUGGAAGAAGGUGUUUUCCCUCUUCUUUGGAAGAUCUCCAACAAUGGGAGUGAGAAAGGAAAAGCGGGCGCCUUUGAAUUGCACCGACUUCUUAAAGACGUUCAGGAUAACGAGCAGCAAGAAUCUUAUGUUUCUGAUACUUCAUCUUCUAACAAGCCUGCCUGCAACUCCAAGCAAAGGAAGGUGAGCAAGAAGCCAGGAUUUCUUGGAAUGAUCUUCACAAAGCACCGACAUCCAAAAGACGUUCAGGAUAACGAGCAGCAAGAAUCUUAUGUUUCUGAUCCUUCAUUCUCUAACAAGCCUGCCUACGACUCCGAGCAAAGGAAGCCGAGCAAGAAGCCUGGAUUUCUUGGAAUGAUCUUCAAAAAGCAUCGACUUACAAAAGACGUUCAGGACAACAAAGAGCAAGAAUCUUAUGUUUCUGAUCCUUCAUUCUCGAACAACUCUGCCUGCAGCUCUAAGCAAAGGAAGCCAAGCAAGAUGUCUGGAUUUCUUGGAAUGAUCUUCCCAAAGCGCAGCCUCUUAAAGAAGGAGUGAGUGUUGUGUUUCUUACCUUGGCGAGGAGGCUGUGUAAAGCUGCAUUUGGAAUUCUCUGCAAGUAGCUAUGAUGCAAACAAAUUUUCUGGUAAAGGGUUGAUAUUAUAUUAAUCUGCAAGUGUCGUCUGUAAUCAAUCAGGUCUGUACAUUUUUUUGUCCUCUUUAGGGUCCUCUUCAGAUACUUGUUUGCGCCAAGUAGCUUUUAGCCGCUUAUUCUUUGGCAGUGUAUUGAAGUUUACUGAUAAUGCCACUUGGUUUAGGCCAAGGCUUUGUUGUGUUUAAUUUUAGUGUAAAUAUUCUUUGUACAGUUUUCGGUUGUCUCGAUUAAAAUUAUGAACUUUUAUAAGU